AUGGCAGCUGCAUUGGUCCCAACCGCUAGUGUUUACCAGGGAGUCUGGACAGAUUGGUCAGAGGGCAAGAUAUGGGGUCUCACUCUUACUUUGUGCCCGACGCAUGCCACCAUCUUGACCAACGCGUUGGCUGUCUUUGUCACCGUCUGCGGUAUACAGCUGUGGAACAUUAUUCGAUCCUCGAUCGACAGAUUUGGUACUCCGUCUCAGCCAGAGAUGUUGACUCCGCAGCUUCGAAGACAAAAAACCGUGUUAAGAAAUGCUGAUUCGGGUCCUAUUACAACUGCCGAGCGCUUGCUGUAUAUAGCAUGGAAAUAUCGACGGACGAGCACUGGCAAACCCUCACUACGCGCAUACUCAUUUGGUAUGUUCGCCAUAAUCUUUGCCAUCCUCUCGUGGGCAGCCGGAAUCUUUUCCAAUCGAGCAAUCAGCACCGGCUCAACGAACGGGCCUUGGCAAGUUCUUUCCAGAAGUAACCGUUGCGGGGUAUGGAAUCAGACUUACUUCAACAUUGUGAACGGUGUAGAUCUUUCCACAGAAGACAACUUUGACGAGAUUAUUCAGUACACUGCUAAGAGGGGUCAAGACGUUCAACUGAGCUUCGAAUAUGCUCAACAAUGUUACUUCGCCCAAUCCCCUACCGAUACCAUGUCGUCCACCUGUAACACUUUCAAAACUUCAAGCCUCGACAGGACGGUUGCGAAUGGCACGUGCCCGUUUCAAAUUCAAUCCUGCCUUGAAGGCUCCAACGCCAUUGUCCUGGAAACGGACCAGAUUGACUCGCACGUGGAUUUGGGUAUCAAUGCCAAGCCGAAAGACCGCUUGAAGUACUCGAGGAGGACAACAUGCGCCGUUCUCGAUGGCACCGAUCACAUAAAGGGGUGGAACGGCACAAUAGUGAACAGCUCGAGUCCCCGGCCAGCACCAGAUACCGCUUAUGCCUACUACGGUCCUUCACUCUACAAAGGCACGGAAUGGACGUACGCGUACUCAAAUUUCGCGUCCUUUUUCGACAAUUUCUCCGCUCAGGUGACUUUACCGUAUCAACUGGACUCAGAAAUGGCUUUUGCCAUUGCUGAUCCACAAUACAGCACCAGCGAUUUUCAGCCCAUCGAGCAGCUUGUACGGUAUGAUGCCGACGUGAGUCUCCUCUUCCUCAGCUACACGGGAAUGUAUCUAGGGGAGGUUGACGAUCCUUGGUUCUCCGCUCACAACGGCGCUUGGUUCGGCAGCUCAUUCCCUUUUUAUCUUCAAACUCGCUAUGCUCGCGAUCUAGUCAUUAGCACACUUGGAUGUACGGAGCAGUAUAAAUUUUGUACCAAUGAUGGCGUCUGCACCGACUUUCUCGGAUUCGAUCAAGUCCAAAACGUCGCCGCUUUCAACGCCGCACUUACGCCUCAUCAAAAUGCUACCUUUAAUCGAAUAUUGUUUGCUCUAUCCACAUCGAAUCUCAGGAGUCUUGUCCAAGAACUAGCAUUAACGACCAAUCCACUGCUGGCGAGCAACGAGACCUAUUCUGGAGAUAGCGGUGCAUGGGUAUCAAAGGCUUUGCCAGAGUAUCAGUGGAAGCUGGAGUUAGAGUUCUACUACGCCAUCACAAUGGCGCAUCUACAGCGGACAAUCUUCGAAUGGGCUACUGGGUCAAUUGCACCUACACCUGCACCACAAGAUGUCGAAUAUAUCCUGCGACCAACACUGGAGCAAGACGUCUGGUUCUGCAACAACAUGAUCCUUCAAUCCACUGUCUAUCAGUCCUUUUCUUUAGUGGUAAUUAUACUGAUUGUCAUCUUCGGGACAUUGAUUCUCAUCACGGCAACUUUCAUGAGCAGGUGUUCCACCGAGCUGGAUGACGAUGAUGUACUUGAAGAUGGUAUCUCUUUGAGACCUGAACCUUCCCCACGAGGCAAUAUCUCACAAUCGCGACGCAGCGACCUCCUCGAAGCUUUCGAGCUAACAUAUAUGGAGCCGGUGCCAAACGGUCAGAGAGUUUCUUCCGCUACGCUUCCACCAGAGGACCGUGGCUUCUCGAUCCUGAGUUAUCAAGAAAACUUUGGCAGUAGUCAAAUUCGACCUGAAGCGCCUCCCAGGUUGUCCGGAGAUUCAUGGAUGGCCAUUAGUCUCAACGAAGAUGGGGCAUUAGCACCAGAGGCUCCGAGACAGACAAAAUGCUGCGAUUUGGGGGAGCCACAGCUACUUCCUCCGCCUGCCGCCCAUCUUGCUGUAAGUUCAGCAGAGCACCCUAUGAAUGGGCCGUAG